UUGGUGGGGCAGACCCUGGGCUAACAGGCCAGGGGAAGAACUCCAAUGGGGUUUGCCAGCAUCUGUGUCAGCACCCUGAACUAGGUCACAGUGAUGGCUGCUACCAAUGUCUCAGUCCCUUGGGAGGUGGUCCCAGCCUGGGGAGAUCUCACCUCUCACUGAGAUGUGAUGAGAGCCUAUCAAGUGAGUCUUUUCACCAAAGGACUGUGCACCUUUCAUUCUGAUGCUUUAUGUUGCUUUUCAAAAUGGAUGAAUUUGUGUGUGGGGCCUUAAAGAGCAGGCUUUUUCACCCUAUGUCUGAUAGCUUUUCUGAGUGUAUCCCCUGUUGUUGUUAAUAGCCAGGAAAGCCAGACAUUAUGAUGCUUGUUUCAGAUGUGCUGAGUCCAAAAGCUGCUUAUUGUGAUAAUGCUCCCCCGCUCAGAUCCCCCACUCCUCCAGGGAAGGCUUCAUACCCUAAGAUUUCUCUCAGCUGGCCAUGAAGCACUGAAGCUAGAAGGUGGCAUUUUCCUCUCCAGAAAGGAAUUUCUGCCUCUUCCACCUCAGUCAGCACUGUACCUUGUUGUGGGGGAUCCUUUUAUCCAGGUUUUCAGUUCUUGUUCAAGGAUAAUUGUUCCAAGAGUAGUUGUAAAUUGUUAUGUCUGUGUAAGGAGGUGAUUUUAGAGUCCUUCUAUGCCACCAUCUUGACAUUAAAUGAGUUGAUUGGUUAUUUUUUAAAGUUUCAAUCUCAUUGGUACAGUUCUCCUUCUGCUCAUUGAUUUUAUUCCUGAGCUCAUUAAAUUACCUGUAUGAAUUUUCUUGUAGUUCAUUGAGUUUCUUUAUGAUAGUUGUUUUGAAUUUUUGUUAGAUCAUAAUCUUUGAUGACUUUAUGUUUUGUUUCUGGAGAAUUGAUUUCUGUAGCAGACAUAUCUUUCAUUUAGGUACUGUUUUGUUUUGAGUCAAACUUUUCAACUGCUUGGAGUUUAGAAGCCUUUCUGUUUUUUUCUCAGUAGGUGGCGCUAUAGUGCUAGUUUUUGGUUUCUGUUACGUAACUGCCUCUCGCUAUAUUUGAGGAUCUCCAUCUUCUAAACUCCACCACCUGUAUUUUGGGUAUUGUUGAUAUUAUUGUGGUUGCUGCUUGCACUUCUGGGGGGGGGGUCACUGAUGCCUUGCUGUUGCUGGUGUCACUGUGGUUGCUGGUUUUGCUGCUGAGGCACAGCAAUGGCUCAUGCCUCACCCAUGUCUGAGGUCACCUGGGUCAGAAGUUCCACUGGAGUGGUGGGGGGAUGGGUAGGAUGUGGAGGGAGCCUGGUACUUGGGGCACUAUCUCAGCUGUUGCCUGUUACCUUGUGGUCCCAGGUGCCACUGAGUUUGAGAUGUAGGAGUUUUGUGCACACCUCUGCCACUGCUGCUAACCUCUGAGUUGAGGGCAGGGGCUAUGGAUCGUGGGGCUCCACCUCCAUUGCUGCUCUACUUCCCAGAGCUGCAGGUGCUUCUGCUGCUGUCUGGCUGUAGACAUGCAUACAAACCUCUGCUUCUGCACACUGGGUUCUCUGGGUCUGGGAGCAGCUGGGUCAGCUGCCAUGGCUGGGGGUUUAGGAUCCUAGGCUCUGCCUCUGCUGUUUCCCCAUUUAACCUCCUCUGUGUGCUCCAAUUCACUCACCUUCAUAUGUAUUGAUGUGUGGAUCUUUCUGGUAUCCUAGGGUGUUUUGCAAUGUAGCUUUUGUUGGGUUAUGGAUGACUUAAUCACUGUAGAUUGAAGGGGAGAGGACAAAGGAUCAUUUCACACCACCAUGAUGAUGAUGUCUUUGAUUAAUACAAAUUCUUUACCCAAUAUGAUAUACCGUUAUUACUUAUUUAUUCGUUUUACCUAUAAGUCCCACGGAGGAAGGGACUAUGGUUACCUGUUAAUCACUGUACACGUGCUACCCAAUACAGUGCUUGGGAGAUAGCAGAUGUUCAUCACAUAUUUGUCAAAAAAGUUAAUGAAUUAUAUAAAUACUGUAUCUGCCUUAAUUAGAGAUAAUUUGUAUUCUGGUGAGAAGGAGAGCACCAGGUAAAAUCAUUAGAUGGUACAAUUUGAAGAAAGUGAUGAUAUAUUGGGCCUACUCAAAGAAUAAACAAGGUAAGCUUAGUGAAGUAAGACAUUUUAUCAUCUGAGUUGAGAUAGAGAAACAAAGAAUAGUUCAACAGGUCCUUAUAGUAGAGAGGAAGAGAAGGCUAUGAGAAUGAGAUGGGAGUAAAUAAGAAGGAGAUAUAUGGAUACACCAUUUUCUUCUUUUACUUCUGUACCUGAAAUCUUUUCACAUGUUAUAUUAAUGUAGUCUAUAAAAUUGAAAUAUCACCACCAGAUUGGGUGGGAAACAUAGUGGUAAUUUCCGGCCUCCAUUCCUUGACUUCUCAUCUAUCUUAAGGCACAUGGGGAAACACUCAAAGGGUCCUGUGGGCCAUAGAGACUAGAUCUUUCUCAGACUGUCUUCUCAAAAGGGUUUGAUAGAAAGGGGAUAGAGAGAUCUGGGUUCCAAGAUUAAAAACAAGCCAGAGACUCUAGGAAUUGUUGUCUUCAUGGUUAGUUAGCCCUUGGAGAAGGUAGUCCCAUGUUGUCUUCAGAGCCAUGCUCAUCAAAGUAACUCAUUCUGACUCCUACAAACAAACUCCAAGAAAGCCCUUUGGGAAUGCUCAUCUCAAUGCGUACACCAAGUCUAAUUGGCAUCUUAAGUAAUGGUUUUCAGAAGAGAUUCAGGAUAUGUCCUCUGGGUUGCAAUCCCUGAUGCAAUAUAUUUAGCACCUUCAGUUUGCCCCAGCUGACAUCAAAGGUCCUCUGGGUUAUGAGGAUGUUUUAUUUCUCACAGAUGGUGCUCCUCUUCCCCCAUGAUUGGCUCACGUCUUGCCAUAUCUGCCCUCACCCUAACCCCCAUGAUUCCUGCUGAGGAAACAUUCCACAGUCGAGAAGGCACUUAUUCUAAAAACAAAUGCUAGAGGCAAAUUCUGAUUUUAUUAAUUUGGAGGAGGUGUAAAGUGAGGAAGAAAAUGUCCGGAGUGAUCCCAAAUUGCAGAAAAUAGAAAACAUGUUUUCUUUUGACUCUGGACUCUUUAAUAAUUACGCUGGUAUUAAGUGUAGCUUCUUAGUCAGGUAACAUUAAUGGAAAUCCUUUUUGCCCAAGCUCUCAUUGCCAUUUUGCUAUGGAGAUGCACCUGAAAUAUAUGUUUAGAAACAGCAGAAGCAUAUGCAUGAUUCAAAGGCCCAGCUAGUAGAGGUUAAAGAAGCUCAGUUACUUAAUAUGUCCUGACGUGUGCUGAUGGAGUUCAAAAUCUGAGUACACAUUGCAAGAUCAUUACAGAAUUACAUGUGCUGUUGCUCCUGAUUAUGCCCUGUCACUAGGAUAAGUAGUGUGGAGGAAACAGGAUGACUGUGGAGGACAUUAUCUUCUAUGCCAUUCCAGCAGUAAAUGGAUAUCUCCAGCGUUAGAGAAGGGGAAGUCUGAUGAGCACCUUAGAAAGACUUGUUUGGAUGAUCAGUAGCCAAUGUUUGAGUCAGUGUGGACCUAUCCUGCCCUCGCCAUUUCACUUCUAUACUUGUUCUACCCACAAGUCUCUGCAGAGGAAAUUCCAGGUAAGGAAAUUUUGGGGCUUGACGUAUCCAGGAAACCUUUAUUAGAAACUAGGUCAUCCUCUUGCAUUGUCACCUUGUUUCUCCAUCCCUUAAGUCAGAGGGUGAUGUCUGGUCAGUCCUUGAGGAAAGCUUCCUGAGAAGGCAGAGGAAAACAGCUGGAGAACACAAGUCAGAAUGGGAAAUUUUUAGGUAAGUUGCCUAAGGGAGGAAGAGAGACAUGAAUCAGAUGAUAGAAAACUUACACUAUGGAGAUUUACAGAGAAAGAGGGAAACUAAUGAGGAAAGAGAUAGGAAAGUAUAUGAAUACAUAGUAAAAUGAAAAUGUCUAGAUGUCUUUUUGGGAUUGGAGCCAUCAAGGGGAGCAUGGGAAUUCUGGGUCCUUAGUCAAGAAGAAGCUGAGUUUGAAAUAACAGUGUGAGGUGACAGCCACAAAGAUGAUCUUAGGCUGUAUUAACAUGGAGAGAGAUGAUACAUGUGACCUCUUUCUUACAGGUCAAAAUAUACUUUGAAGAAUACACUCACUUCUGAGUUCUUUGCAUUAAAACAUAAGUAGAUAGUGCGCAAUACGUGAAGAUCUAGGGAGAUGUUUAGGAGAAAAAACACAAAGAGGCAUAAGGUGGAUAAUCUGGGGAUCAAUUUAGAUUAUUAUUUCUUUGAGUUGGGCUUCACCAUGGAGAUGAAGCUCUCAUUCUGAUCAGUAUUUCUGUGAGGAGUAGAUAAAGGGCUUAUUGGGAAAUUUGUCUUAUUAAAUUUUAAAAUCCUAGUUUUAUCAGCUUGAUCAUAAUUUGAAAGCUCUCAGGUCUAUGAAGACGUAUCUCUUGUUUUAUUUUUCAGGUGCGUAACUAUGGUGGCUUUGUUAUGUGUCAAUUCAGCACCCAUACACAUUUCAUUAAACUAUACCUAAUCCUCAACUUAAGACAAUACCAAGUUAUCCUUCCACUUAACAUGGUAAAACCAAAAAUAUGUUAACCUUUCCUCAAGAAGAGGAUAUAAACCAUACCCACUGUUUUCCCAUAAGAGGAUACAGAAUCCUUUUUUUGUCUUUAGCUGAAAUUCAUUCUAUCUGAUUCAAGUUAUAAUGCUUUUAGGCCUUAUAACUUAAAUACUCAGAUAUGAACCUAACUAUAUUAAUGUAUCUUAUGUUAUAAAAAAGGUGCCCAAGGGGACAAAAACAAAAAUAUGUAGUUAAUAUAUAUGUACAAGUUAUUCAUAUCAAAAUAAAGAAGAAAUGCCUAUAACUAUUACAGGUUUUGAUUGCGAAGCUGCUCAUGUGCUCAUGGCUGGUGCUUGUAAUAACCUUCUUUCACUAUCCGUUCGAUAUUCCCUUUGUCCACAGUUGAUAUGCUUCUUUGUGUGGUGGGGUGACCCAAACCUUCAUUCCUGAAAGAUCUAGGCCAUUAGCUGUCCUGUGUGAAUUGGGUUGUUGUAGUGUUUUACUGACUUUCAUCACAGGCCAUCUGAGUACAGAGGUGCACCCUAGAAAAUUACCUGCAUUAUAGACAUGCUCCUCUUUAUCUCCAAGGUGUAGUAGCAACUCAAUUUCCCCUUGCUAGUCAGGAUCAGUGACUCCAGGCAGUACAUAGUAACCUCCUUUGCUUGUCGAUUCAGUGAUAUGAGGAGCCAAGUGUGGCAGGGUGGCAGUCUCAAUUCUCUGUAAAUGAAAUCAUUGUUGUCUCACCUGGUGGAAGAAUUUCCUCCCUUUGGGACUAAGACCUCUAAACCAGCAGAACCUAAAAGUGCAGACACAGGAAUCAAUUUUUCUGGUGGAUCAAAAUUAUAAAUUUUAUAGUGAGAGGACUCACUCCCAUUUCCACCUCUUUAUUCCUGGUCCUAUAAGCCCUUGUGACAUAAGAAACAGCAUCAUAAAUUAGAUGCAGAUUAGGAGGAUUUACCUCAUCAUGGAGGACAUUGUCCCAGCAAUGUGAGGUGUUGCCAACUAGCUGUUGCUGUAACUGAAUCUUCAAAAGCCCGUUCCACCAUUAUAUUAAACCACUUGUUUCAGGGUAAUGGGGAAUAUAGUAAGACCAGUGGGUUCCAUGAGCAUGGGCCAAUUCCCACACUUCAUUUGCUGUGAAAUGAGCUCCUUAGUUAGGAGCAAAGUUUCGUGGAAUACAAUUUUGGUGAGUAAUGCAUUCUGUAAGUCAAUAGGUAGUAGUUUUGGCAGGAGCACUGUGGGAAAGGAAGGCAGAUCCAUAUCCAGAGUAAGGGUCCAUUCCAGUACAAAUAGCAUGCUAUUCUUUCCAUGAUUGAAGCUAUCCAUUGUAAACUGUCUACCACCAAGUAGCUGGCUGUACCCUUGUGGAAUGAUGCCGUAUCAGGAACUCAGUGUUGGUCUCAGCUAUUGGUAGAUUGGGCACCAGCAGUGGCUGUAGUGAGAUCGGCCUUGGUGAGUGGAAGUCUCUGUUGCUAGCCUAUGUGUAGCUUCCAUCCUGGCUGUCAUGACCACCUGCUUUGUGAAUCCAUUGGCAUUAACAGGAGUGACUGAGAAAGAGUGCUAACUAACAUCACAGAAUGGUUUAGUACUUGGAAAGGAUGACUCAUUCUGUGGACAGUAGUAAUGGAUAUUUCUUCCCUGUUUUAUAGGAAUAUUUGGCAUCUUUUCAGUUGUAUGCAGGAUAGUUACACCAUGUUAAGCAAAAGGAUGACUUUGUUGUGUUUGUUUUGGGAUUAAGUGUGGCUUAAGGAGAUGUGCAUGUGUGCCAGAUUGACAGGGGAUGGACUCUAGUGGUUUUGUAAUGUGUCUACAUGGCUAUGAUGGACUACAUUUCCCAGAAUUCCCAUUUUUAUGUGUUUCUGGUUAAGGUAGGCCACAAGAGAGAUUAGAGAGAUUGAGAGGGAAAAGGGAGCAGCCAUUCUGUAGUUUGCAGACAUUGUUGGUGACCUGCUGACUCACCUCAGUAGUACGAAGCAGCAGCUGCGCCUACAAUUGCUCCAGCUUCCCCUGGAUCUUCCUCUAGCUUCUCUGACUUCCAGGCCAGGUGUGCGUGUUUCUGCCUCAUGAAGAAGGACCCCAGCUUCUGCAAGAUAACCCUACCACCAAUUCCAGAGACAGCAAGAACCUACGUGGGUUUCAGUUUACCUUGUGGGGUUGCAGCUCAUGCUCAUGGGUUCCAGCCUGCCCUUGAUCUACAACACUUUAUACCCAUCUUCCCUUCCUGACUGCUUGCCCCCUGGGCUUCAAGUACCAGCAUCAGACAGAAGGUGACAGCCUUACGUAGACUGCUUAACUAGCUUUCACUAUUGCGUAAGGCCAAUUUCUAUACAAUCCAUUAAAUGUAUGCUUAUAUGAAUGUAUAAGUCUCUUAGUGGUUCAGCUUCUCUGGUUAAUCUGUCUGAAAUAAUAAGUAAAAAAAGUAUAUAUGUAUACUUUAUAUAUAUAUAAAAUUUAGUGUGGAUAUGUGUGUGUGUGUGUGUACGUAUGUUUAUUCCUUAAUGAGGGAGACUCUUUUUUGAAGUUUGGCACUUAGAGCCUAGAUAUUCUGGAAUUUCAGAGUGAUCAUGUUUUGAAGAGAGAUUUGACGUUCUUUCUUUUUUUUUAAAGGUUAUUUCAAUAAUAUGAAUUGUUGAAUAAUUAGAAAUAGAAAAAAAUUUUUUCCAAAAAUUCUUUUGUCGAUCAAAAGGUCUUAUUGUUAGGUAUGCUGAACACCAGUAUUUCUGAUAUCACACUUCAUCUCCACUUCCUGUUUCCCCAGGGACUGAGAAAGGGGAGAUGUGGCAGAGGAAUCAGACCUCUCUAGCAGACUUCAUCCUUGAAGGCCUCUUUGAUGAUUCCCUCACCCAUCUUUUUCUUUUCUCCUUGACCAUGGUGGUCUUCCUGAUUGCAGUGAGUGGCAACACCCUCACCAUUCUCCUCAUCUGUGCUGAUCCCCAGCUUCAUACACCCAUGUACUUCCUGCUCAGCCAGCUCUCCCUCAUGGAUCUGAUGCAUGUCUCCACAACCAUCCCCAAGAUGGCUACCAACUACCUAUCUGGCAAGAAGUCCAUCACCUUUGUGGGCUGUGUGACCCAGCACUUCCUCUAUUUGUCUGUGGGUGGUGCUGAGUGUCUUCUCCUAGCUCUCAUGUCCUAUGACCGCUACGUUGCCAUUUGUCAUCCACUGCGUUACACUGUUCUCAUGAACAGAAGGGUGGGACUGAUGAUGGCUGUUGUGUCAUGGUUGGGAGCAUCCAUAAACUCACUAAUUUAUACCGCAAUGUUGAUGCAGUACCCUUUUUGUGGUCCUCGAAAUAUCCGCCACUUCUACUGUGAGUUUCCAGCAGUUGUGAAGUUGGUAUGUGGAGACAUUACUGUUUAUGAGAAUACAGUAUUCAUCAGCAGUGUCCUACUUCUCCUCCUCCCCAUCUUCCUUGUUUCUACAUCUUAUGCCUUCAUUCUCCACAGUGUCAUUCAGAUGCGUUCAGCUGGGAGUAAGAGAAAUGCCUUUGCCACUUGUAGCUCUCACUUCAUUGUGGUUUCCCUCUGGUUUGGUGCCUGCAUGUUCUCAUAUAUGAGGCCCAGGUCCAGGCGCACUCCAUUACAAGAUAAAGUUGGAUCUGUGUUCUAUAGCAUCAUUACUCCCACACUGAAUCCUUUAAUUUAUACUCUUCGGAAUAAAGAUGUAGCUAAGGCUCUGAGGAGAGUGCUGGGGAGAGAUGUUAUCACUCAAAGACAGCAAUUGCAGUUGUCCUGAGUAUAAGAGUAGAAUGGGAUAAGCUCCUUAAACUGAUCUGGGUAAAUCCCUAACAGAUUUCAAGGGUCCAGAUCCCUGAUGACUACUGCAAAAAAGAAGUGGUCAACAAAUAAUUCCAGUAUUCUAACUUGGUCUCAGGCCUCUAAGCACCAUAGUGUACUAUCUUAGUCCAUUCAGGCUGCUAUUACAAAAAUACCAUAGAGUAGGUGGCUUAAACAACACACAUAAAUUUCUCACAGUUCUGGAGACUGGGAAGUCCAAGAUCAAGCCUUGAAAAUCCUAGACAUUCUCUCAUUUCCUUUUGAUCUUUUUUUUUCAGUGUAACCUUGACAAAACAUGCUUCCCUGAGUACCCUAUCCAAAUAGCACUCUUCGUUUUCUGUCCCUUGCUUCUAAUUUGUAACACUACUUUACAUGAUGGUGCACAAUAUAUAAUAUAAUAUUAUAUUUAUUGUCUGUUUUACUAGAAUGUAAGCUCCCUGAAGGGAAGGACUUUACUUGGGUACUAUUGUCUCACCAGAGUCAAGGAAAGAGCCUGACAUGAAAUAAAUUUCUCAAUAAUUAUUUGUUGCAUGGAUUAAUAAGUAAAAGGGACUUUGAUUGUUUUACAAACCCACAUGACAUUGAUGAUAUUUAAUUCAGAGAGGGGAAGAUAUUAUAAAAAUGAAUAAUAUAGUGGAUGGCUUGGUAAGAAUCAUUUGUCUCAGAUAGUCAGAUAUUAAUCCCAUGUGUAUGCAGAAGCCUGACAUCUCUGUGAACUUUCCUGGGGUCUAGUGGUCUGAUGGAUGCCAAAGUGAGGGAAAAAUUUUUAUAGCCUGCUUCCCCUACUAUUAAAAAUGUCGUGAAGCCCUGGGACAAUCUUCAAAAGAGUAAUACUUAAGGUUUGAGAGCCAAGUUGUACUCUCUUUGACAAGUAAGUAUUUUCCCUUUGAGAAACAGCUUUUUCAUAUUCUGUAAUAAAGUGAGCUAUCCAUCAUGAGUUGGGGGUCAUCUUCCACACCUUGCCCAAAGGUUGGAUUUUCCCUUUAACACUCUAAUGUCAAGAGAAUUAGUUUUUACAGAAACCACACCUGGGUUGUUUGGAGACACAAAGGUGUUGCCUAAACAGCUGGCUCACAAUCCCAGUUAGAGACAGGUGGUUGUUCCUCUGCUCCCUCUCUCUGUAUACACACACAACGAUGGCCUUGUCAGGAAUCUUAUAAGAUUAUUUGAAAUUGAAACAAUCUAAGCUAAUUUUUUAGAUGGUUAUUUGUGUAAUGCCAGUGUCUGCUAAAUGUAAACAAUACAGUGGUGUGUGGGCUCCCCUUGAAAAGAGAUGUAACACUAUGUGAUUGUAAUUGUUCUUUGUAUAUUCUGGAUAUUAACUUCUUAUUAGAUAGGUUGUUUACAAAUAUUUUA